AUGUUUUACUUCCACUGUCCGCCGCAGCUGGAUGGAGAAUGCUGCCGCACUAACACGAUAAAUUCAAGUGGCUUUGGGAACCACCCACCGACAGACUUUGAUGACGGAUUUUUACGCAGAAAACAACGUAGAAACAGAACUACAUUUACUCUGCAACAGCUUGAGGCUCUGGAGGCCGUCUUCGCGCAGACACACUACCCGGACGUGUUCACGCGAGAGGAGCUGGCCAUGAAGAUCAACCUGACCGAGGCCAGAGUGCAGGUUUGGUUUCAAAACCGCAGAGCUAAAUGGAGGAAGACAGAGCGAGGGGGAGCAGAUCCUGAAGGAGGUAAAGAGCCUCUGAGUGAGGGCUCUCCUCCGUCCCGCAGUAUCAACUCCCAGUCCCCCGUGGACCAGGCCCGGAAGCAGAAGGAGCCGCUGGAGAUGCAACAGAGUAUCAACAGGACGGUAGGGCCCGGUCCGUUCUUUCCAUCAUGUAUACCGGGAACACUUCUCAAUUCAGCCACAUAUGCCCAGGCUCUGUCUCAGGUCGCCACACUAAAAGGAAAUGGUCUGUGCUCCUGCUGUGUACCAGACCCGAUGGGCUUGUCCUUUCUGCCACCCUAUGGUUGCCAGGGUAACCGUACCGCCAGUGUAGCUGCCCUGAGGAUGAAGGCUCGGGAGCACUCCGAGGCCGUGCUGCAGUCCGCUAACCUGCUGGGGUCUGGUGUGGGCCAUGGGGCUGGGGUCCUGUCCGGAGCAGGUGUAGGGGCACCCUCUCUGCCCCGGCCCGCUGUGGGACCUCCCAUAGAGGUGCCCAGCAGUGUGGGGAGGGGUCCAGACAGCUCCAGUACCAGUCCUGUGUCGAAGGUGCAAGUUUUGGGCAGCCAUGGAGACAAACACGGCCACUGCUCUAAAGACGCUUUGGAAAAGAAGUGA